AUGUACCUGUCAGGGGUGGAAAUCAAGAACUUCCGCUCCAUUGUCCAUACAUCUGUUACGGGACUCCAUCCGGGAAUCAACGUAUUCAUAGGUAUCAAUGGCGCAGGGAAAUCGAAUUUUUAUAGUGCAAUACUUUUUGCCCUGAUGGACCCCCUCUACGACCUGAAGACAAUUAACAGGGCCCAGAUACUAUCCAAUGACGCAAAAACUAAGUCCGGCUAUGUAAAGCUAAUUAUAGAUUUGGAAGGCGCUGCAGUAGGGGACUUCCAGGGAAGGGUAUCCAUCUCCAGACACUUCACAAUAACUACAGACAGCUUCUAUUUAAAUGACGUACUGGUAACCAGCGAUAAGGUUGCCAAUUUCCUUUCGAUUAUGGGAUUUAACCCCAGUUCUCAAGGAUACACCUUUGCAGUCCAACAGAGUAAGGUUACUAGCCUUGCAAUGUCGGCCCCAAAGGCACUCCUCGAUGCAUUUAACUCCAGCACUGGCACAUGGGAGUACGAUACGCGUAAGCAGGACGCUCUAGAAAAACUCAAAGCAGCAAGAGAAGAGAGGGAAGAGGCACAGCAAAUUUAUAUGCAGCUUAAAGGACGAUGCAGCAGACUAACCGAGCGGAUGAAUAAGAACAAGGAAUACCUCAAGCUAAUGGCAGAAAGGAGGGCUGCUGAGCACGCCCUUGCAACUCUUACUUAUGAUGCUCUCCAAGAGCAACGUGCACGAUUAGAAACGCAAAAGGAAGCGCUCAUAGAGGAUUGCAAAGCCAAACGUACCCAAAUAGAUGCAAUAAGAGCGGAGAUUAAUGUGCUUACAAACGAGCUCACUCCACUACAGCUUCAGGAGGAUAAGGCCCUGGCAGCAGAAAGAGCGGUUAAUGACCAUGUUUACUACCUUGUCGAUUCAUGCCAAUACCUAAGCUCUUUCUGCACUGCUAAGUCACAAAGGAGCCAAGAGCAGGAGGACAGUGCAACCAUAAGACGGCGUAGUGCACAGGACGCCCUUGAGGAAGCGAUCUUACGCGAGCGAUCUCUUUUGGAUGAGCUAGCCACGCUCAGAAAUGCACAGUACUCUCUUUCAUCAUUUAUAAGGAAGCAGAAGAUCAUGCUGGAAGGCCAGGAGGCUAAUAAACGUGAGUCUCUCAUUAAAGAGCUAGAGGAUAUCCUUCGAAAUCUUAUCAACGCAGAAGCAGAGCAUGCAGCAAUCAAGUCCUUGCAAGAAGAGGUUAAGCAGGAACUAGAAUGCAUCUCUAAGAAGCUAAAUGUCUGUAAAAUGCGAGAGACAGAGAUCAAUGCUAGUGAGCUCCUUCAGAGGUACACAGAAUUCAGUGAGAAAAAGCAGCGACUGAAUGUAGAUCUAUCCAUGAAAGUAAAGAGCUUAAAUGAGGCCGAAAACAAGGUUGUGCAUGAAGAGUAUCAGCUUUCGCAACUUACGCGUGAGUUUCUUGACCUGGCGCCUGCGAAUCUGGCAGCUGGCGCUAACUUGUGCCUCUCUGCAAUCAGGGAAGCAAAAAUAAGCGGGUUCAGGGGGUUUCUUGCUGAACACAUAAACGCAGCCGUGGGAUCUUAUCCAGCACUAGAGUCCGCUAUAGGAUCCACCGGGCUUUACUCCUUAUUAGUAGAAAAACGCGAAACAGCUACAGAGAUAAUGCGGCACAUUCGUCAGAGAACAUCAUCUUCGCCAUUGUCUGGCAAAGCAAACUUUAUUGUUCUUGAUGCAGUCUCUCCGCCUUGUUUGCAGGAGAUUAACAGUAACUGUGUUCCCUUGGCUUCUCUGGUAAGCACAGUGGAUGACACUAGACCAGCAAUCCUGCAAGCUUUGGGCACCAGUUACCUGACAAGAUCAUUGGAGGACGCAGCGAAGUAUUCCAGUGAGCAUAAUAUCGAUUGUUACACAGUCACUGGCGAUGUCAUACAAGGUUCUGGGGUUGCCAUAGGUGGACACCGUAGCUUCAAAAGAAUUAAGUGUGGUGUAGCUUUGGGAAUCUCUCGUGAGGCUCUACUUGGAGCAUCUCUCACAAAGGGACGAGUGAGCACUGAGAUAGAAGAAAUAAAGCAAGAGCUCCGCAAUGUUGGUGCAGAGAUAACCAAAUUGGAGCCAAUUGUUUCGCCCUUACAGGAAGAGCUAAGUGGUAUUCGCGCAGAGAUACUUCCCCUCUCCGGAGAACUUACCAAACUGCAAAAGACGGAGACAAAAUUGCAUGCUGAUGAGCAAGAGCUAUGUGCGCGAAUUAACACACUGUCCCAGAUGAAGCAAAGCAUGGAGGACUCUGUGUCCUCUUUAACUGCAGGCAAUAAAUUGAACCCGGCAAAGGUGAAACUAUUAAGACAGGAGCUGGCUAAUAAUGAAGCUAACGAAAAGGAGAUAGAAAAGAAGAUAGACACCAUCCAGGCUCUGGUAAAUAAGGCAGCUGUUGAUAGGAUGAAAGCAGAGGCAAAAAUGCAAAGCAUAGACGCUAGUGGGACGCAGAUUGAGUUGGGAAUAAAAGAAAGAGGCGAUGUUGAUGCGCAGAUGAUGUCUUUGUUAACGGGGCUGGAGCAAGCUAACCUAGAGGCAUUAGAGUUUCCGUCAGACAGAGAUGGCUUAGCCCCCUUUGUAGAAAAUCUUAGAACAUUGAGCGAGAAGCUGAAGGACGCCAUUAGCAACAAAGAGGAACUCGAUGCUGUUGCACGAUUGUCGGCUAAGUUUCUAUCUGCCCUGACUGAGUUAUCCGAUAGUACAAAGGUGACUGUGGCCAAUUGUAAAGAGACAACCAGUCGACAAAGGCAGAAAAUAGUUAACAAGGAGGCAGAAAUAGAAGAUCUCAACCGUCAAUUGGAGACAAUUGCCAUGGGAUUUGAAGCCCUUGAUCUGGAAAACAAUGAUGCUCUUCAGCAUUAUAAGAAGGCCGAGAUUGCGCUAAGAGAGAUAGCUGCCCCCACAGCAGAUGAGAUGGAGGCCCUUCAGCGCGAGAAAGCAGCAGCCAAGGUGUCGGAUGAGCAAGAGCGCUCCUGGCUUGUUUCUUACAUUGCUACAAAGUCCCAGCAGAUGGGCGAAACUCCCCCAAUUAGCCAACGUGUAAUUGAUCAGUACGACAGAGCAGUCAGAGAGAAGGAUCAACUCGAGAAGCAACUGGCUGAUGUUGUUGAAGGGGAGCACGCUGUAGAAGAUCUGGUGAUGAAGCUGGAUGUUAGGCGAAAGGUGCACUUCGAGGAGCAAUUCAAAUUGGUUGAUGCACGGUUUUCAGAGAUCUUUCAUAGAAUCACGGGAGGCAAGGCUCGUCUCACCUUGUCCACGCAUGGAGAUGAAGAGCCCGAUGGAAUCUUAGUGGACGCUACCUUUGCCAACCAGGCAACAAAAGAUGUUCAAAUGUCCGGUGGUCAGCGAACGUUGACCAGUCUUUGCUUUGUUCUAGCCACAGAGCAAGCAUCCAAUAAUUCCUUCCUUCUUCUGGAUGAGCCAGACGCGUGCCUCGAUGAGGCCUACAGAGCUGUGUUUGCCAGCCUCCUGGCAGAGCGUGCUGCACAAGGAAUCCAGGUGUUUGUGAUAACCUUCAGGACGGAGAUUAUUACGGUAGCAAACCAGUGUUUUGCAGUCAGCAGGGUGGAAGAUCACACAACAAUAGAGCCUGUUGCCAGCGCAUAUGCUUUGAGCGUAGCAGCAGACGCUACAACAGUUGGGCUAUUUGCAGAGGGAGGGCACGAUAAGCUCGCCGCUGUUUAA